AUGGCUCCCAUCCAGUUCGGUAUUAUCAUGAUACCGUUUCAAUUGCUGGACGUCGCAGGACCCGUUGAUGUCCUAUCCAGCUCCUCGGCUCCUUACCUGAGGGGAUUCAACAAUGCCGACAUAGCUGACCGCGGUAUUGAUAUCGAAUUCCACUAUAUUGGCGAUGGACUGCACCCUGUAACCCAUACCGGGAGUUUCGAAUCACGGCCUACGACCACCCUGUCUGAUUGUCCCAAGCUUGAUUAUCUCCUAAUCGGCGGGCCUUCGCCGGAUUAUAUCAAAGACAUCCCGCCAGCGAUAGCAGGCUUUGUGCGCGAACGUGCCAACGAAGUCAAGACUGUGUUCACCACUUGCACCGGUGGAUUGUUUGCGUCCAUGCUGGGUCUCCUGGAUGGCCUGAACGCCACGACGAACCACGAAGCCAUCGGAAUGGCAAGGGAAUUUGCUCCCAAUGUCAAGUGGACGGCCGAAAAGAACUGGAUCAUUGACGGCAAAUUUUGGACUGCUGGUGGUGCUUGCGCUGGCAUGGACAUGAUGGCCCAUUGGGUCAUGGAGAAUUACGACAAGGACAUUGCCGAAGCCGGAUUUGCAGCUCUUGCUUACGAGCCGCGUGAUGUAGAUGGAAAGCAAGUUGUCUUAACAAAACAUGCCUCAAAGUGA